AUGUCGAAAGAGAUCGAAGCUCAACGCAAGGGAGCCGAGAUCUACCACGGCUCCGCCACCUGCAAGCAGAUAUUUCUAGAACUUCUCGACGAAUUCUCGAUUCCGCGGCGCGUGUUUCUGGUGGCGGAGGUUGAGGCGGCCGAGUUCGAAGAGCUGGGGUUCAACCGCGCCACCGGCUUCUUCUGGAUUCGGCAGAAAGCCAAAACCGAGUGGAAGACGAGCAAGACGGCCACGUUUUAUUACGGCGAGGAGGUGACGGGAUUCAUCAAAGAGCGCCACCUCUCGAAGCUCGGCGGAGUGAAGGGGAAGGACGGGAUGUUUUCACUUCCAAUACUGGAGUUUAUAGUUGAUUGUCCCACCGCCGGUAAGGUCAAAGUGCGUCACCACCGCCGGUGUCAGCCACGCCAACCCCCUCGCCGACUACCAAAGAGGUGCCGAAUACGCCCGUAG